AUGACGAAGACAGGGGCUCAUUGGGCGACGAGCGCAGCGACGACGACGAUGAUGACGGAGCGGGACGUGAUGGAAAGGACCAUGCCGGCGCAGGACACAGCAUGGAUACCGCCGCCCCCCAUAAACAGGCGAGUAUUUCGGAGCGUUCUUCUGGUGGCGGAUCGUCCUCGGGAGCUGAACACGGCCAGCCACCGCCUCGGGAUGACCCGAGAUGGAUGUCCAACAUUGCCGGCACCGUCGGUAAACGCCUUAACGCCACUGUGAUGGAAGGUGGGCCUACCAAAACCAAGCUACGCCAGUUAGGCACACGGACUCAAGAGUGGCGCCCGUUCAAAUCUCUGACAGAAAUUUUGCUCUUCGUGUUCGGCGUCAAGCAUCAACUAUCG